AUGUUACAAGCUGCGUACACUCUAAAGCACAGUACAUGGCGACAAAUAAACACUAAACAGAAACAUCCGGAACCAGCAUACGAACAAUGCGACACGUCCAUCAAGUUCGUAGGGUACCCUAAUCGACGCAUGGAAGGGCGUUUAGCGUUGGACAGGCGACUUCCUUUCCCGCGCCAAUGCGCAGGAGCAAAGAGCCCAGUAACUGAGUACCGGCUAGACGGGGCACACGAUCUACUGUCGAAAUCGUUUAUUGACCUAAAGGCUACUGACAGUAACCCUAAGUUGAUAUUCUAUAUCGUCGAAAUGGCCAACGAACACACGGGCAAACCUAAAGAAUUCGAUAAGUCAGCUUUGAACAAUGCAGUGUUGUGGUGUUUAAGUGUUUUUGUUCUAUUGUUUAGUGGUUACGGAUUGUACCGGCAGCAUUGCUUGGAGCAGCGAGUGCUCGUUCUAGAGAAAGAGCAGUUAAUGCUGAAGAAACUAGUGCAACAGAACCCGGUGGAUCCAGAGAAGUUGCUUCGAAGGGAGACCAGAGAUGCUAAUGACUGCAUAUGUCCCGCAGACAAAAAGACAGAAUUAGCAUAUAUUUAUAACAUUAGCAUGGAAGUCGUCGUCAUCCCUGGUGCCGACUCAGCGGCCACGAUAGAUUUACGACAGUGGCUGACAAAUGAGAUCUGCACAGAUUCCCAGCUCUUAUAA